AACCAGAAUCAAAGCCAUGGAUUUUUUUAACCAUAUACAUGUUGUACAUGUGUUCUUAAAAUAAGAAGGUUCAGCCACUUUAUCCUCUCAAUGAACGCCACCUGCUCUACCUAAUCCCGGUUUGUUUUCAUUCAAUUGCUCAUGAGUUUCCCCCCUCUGAUGUAAAACGAAGACGAUGGUUGCUAGGUGACUUCUUGCCAAUGCUUUUGCUUUUAGAAGCUUGCAAUAUAAUAUUCAAAAGAAAUAGUAAAUAUGACUUUAUGGUAUGAAUAGUUUGAAUGGUUUCUCAUGCAGUUAUGUAUAAAACCACCAUUUCUCCCCUAGCUUUUCCAAUGCCAAUCAUAUAGCUUUUUUGCCGUGAUUUUUUUGUCAGACAAAUAUUGAAAAAAAUGGUUAGAUCUCCAUGUUGUGAUGAUGGCAGUUUGAAGAAGGGGCCUUGGACACCGGACGAGGAUCAGAAGCUGGUUGAUUAUAUCAAGAGACAUGGCCAUGGAAGUUGGAGAGCACUCCCCAAACUCGCAGGUCUGAACAGGUGCGGUAAGAGUUGCAGACUAAGGUGGACUAAUUAUCUGAGGCCUGAUAUCAAGAGAGGUAAGUUCUCUGACGAAGAAGAGCGAAUCAUAAUCAAACUUCAUUCAGUACUUGGAAACAAGUGGUCAAGGAUAGCUGUUCAUCUUCCUGGACGGACUGAUAAUGAAAUCAAGAACUUUUGGAACACCCAUGUCAAGAAAAAGUUUUUGCAAAUGGGUCUUGAUCCAAAUACCCACCAGCCAAGAGCUGAUCUCAAUUCCUUGGUGAAUCUUUCUCAGUUACUUGCAACAGCGAACUUCAGCAAUUUGACGAGUCCCUUGGAGGACGCCCUCAGGUUACAGACCGAUGCCACUCGAUUGACCAAAAUCCAACUCUUGCAAAACAUAUUGCAGAUCAUAAAUACAGGUAGUACACUUUCUAGAAAUAUAGAGGGAGCUAGUCACCAGUGGUCUCGUAAUCUUACCCCUACCCCAUUGGAAGGAUUUGUUAAUGGGACAAGCACCCUCUACACUGAGGAUCCCAUGCUGGCGCCAGCGGAAUUUCCAAACCCAGGAGUAACCCCUGGAUCCCACAAUGACUACCAAGCAAUUUCCAACUCAUGGGCAUGCAUUGACGGUGGAUUCGGAUCAGAAGUUCAUAAUUUCAACAAUAACUGCUCGAGCAGUUCCUACGAUAUUCGAGCAGAACAGCCACUUCCUGCAUUAGUCUCAGUUUCUCCUGAAUGUUCCAGUGUCAAUCAAACGGAAAGCAAAAUGAACCUGCCUUGCAUCUCCACUCACUCAUCUACCUCCAACAUCUUUGAAGCUUGGGGAGAACUUAUGGAUGAUGAAACCAGUGUCUCCUACUGGAAGGAUAUUCUAGGCCAGUAUUGAUGCCACUGUCACCAAUCUUAUGGUAGAUCACUCUUGUCCCCAUGUACCAGACAAUCAACUUCACACCCAGUAAAUAUUGGUCAAUCCAUGAUCAUCUCUUCUACUUGAGAAAGCUUUUUAUUUUUAUUGUUGUUCUUUUUUCAUUAGUGCAGCUUAUUAUCAUGAAGCUACCUCUGUAUACAGACACCUUCAAAGUCUUAUAUACUUAGGAAAUACCUCUUGUAUCAAAACACUUAAUGUACUUUUGUGUCUUGUAAAAUUUUCCCAAUAAGGUGCA